AUGGCAUCUGGGAAUCACACCCAGUUGCACGAGUUCAUCCUCACAGGGGUCUCCGACCGUCCUGAGCUGCAGGUGCCCCUCUUCCUCGUCUUCCUGGGCAUCUAUGUGCUGACCGUGGCGGGGAACCUGGGCGUCAUCACCCUCACCAGUGUGGACCCCCGACUGCAGACCCCCAUGUAUUUCUUCCUCCGACAUCUGGCUCUCAUCAACUUGGGCACCUCCACUGUCAUCGCCCCGAAAAUGCUGAGCAACUUCUUAGCACAGAAGAAAGCCAUCUCCUACUAUGCCUGUGCCACCCAGCUGGCGGGGUUCCUGGUUUUCAUUGUGGCUGAGAUCUUCAUGCUGGCCACCAUGGCCUACGACCGCUACGUGGCCAUCUGCAGCCCCCUGCUCUACAUGGUGGUGGUGUCUCGGCGGGUCUGCCUGCUGCUGGUGUCCCUCACCUACCUCCAUGGCCUUCUCACCGCUCUCGUAGUUACACCUUGCGUGUUCUCCAUGUCUUACUGUUCUGCCAACUUAAUCAACCAUUUUUACUGUGACAAUGUCCCUUUGCUAGCAUUGUCCUGUUCUGAUACCUACAUUCCAGAGACAGUGGUGUUCAUCUUCUCCGGGACAAACUUGUUUUUCUCCAUGAUUAUUGUUCUAAUAUCCUACUUCAACAUUGUCCUUGCCAUUUUGAGAAUACGUCCCUCAGAGGGGCGACAGAAAGCCUUUUCCACGUGUGCCUCCCACAUGACUGCUGUCACCAUGUUCUACGGGACCCUCCUCUUCAUGUAUUUGCAACCCAGGACCAACCGCUCCUUGGACACAGACAAGAUGGCUUCCAUCUUCUACACCCUGGUGAUACCAAUGCUGAACCCUGCCAUUUACAGCCUGAGGAACAAGGAUGUGAAGGAUGCGCUGUGGAAAUUCCUUGGGAACCCAUGGCGAUCGCUCAAACUAAUGCCAAUUUAA